CGCACAACGUCGAAAAAACCUAGAGCCAGGCGAGCACAAGUACAGCUCGACGGGCCAACGCAUUCGAAUCAGUUCGCUGCAUGACGUUGGACGGCCAUCCCCACACGGCUGCCGAUCGCAGCUCUACACCGUCGCAGCCAAACAUCUAAACCUAUCUUUCGCACCAAGUUUCUUUCACGUUUUUUUUUUUUUUAUCAAGUUGAACGGUCAGAUUCAAUAUUGAAAUCAAAGCAUCGCAGUGAGGGAUUCGUUCCGAGUUUUUUGUUUUUGUUUUUUUCACGAGAUUCAUCCCGUCAAAACCCAACAAAAACAAAACAAAGAAUUAUAAAAGCCAAUUCCACUCGGACUGUGUGAGUCAAACGAAAGAUAAAGAAAAACAACGUCCACGAGAGCGUGUGCAGUGUCAGAGGGACAGAGAGAGAGAGAGAGAGAGAGAGAGAGCAACUUGUUCCGCUUUGGCUCACGAAACUCACAACUCUGUCGACUGAAAAGUGGUUUUUUGCGCUCUAUUUCUCUCCGUUCGGUCUCCAGUGACUUUACCCCUUUACCCCAUUUUUUUUUUUCUUUUUUUCUGUUUGUUUUUGUUUUUGUUUUUCGCCCUUGUUCAGUGAUCGCCAGCUGCGUGAGCCAAGUCGGCCAAGAAACGCAGCCAGCGGACAAGCAAAGCGUGAGUGAAAUGUGGAACGAAGACAACCAACAAGAGGAGCGGCGGCGACGGCCAAACAAUGAAUAAGAAGCAGGAUCGAAGGCCCGUCAUCUCAGAUCCGUUGGGGAUCCUCGUCCUUCAGUUAUUGUAGGGGCAACAAACACAAAAAGAAGGAAUUUAAAAAAACAAAAACAAAAAGGCGAGCGACGCUUGCAUGCCUGCUUCUUCCGGAUAUUGCCAAUAAAGCGCGACGCAUCCGUUACCACUUCUUCCGGUCGGGUUAGCCGCAACGGAGCGCAGCCAGGCGAAGGACCGCCCGAUCGACGCCCGCCACGACGGGCAACAACAACAACAACAACAAAAAAACGCGCACACAAAAAAGCGACAAACCUUCAUGUGUGUGUGUCGUAGUUCACUAUUGUCAAUCCAUCCAUCCAUUCUUCCAUCCGCUUCCACACACACACAUUCGUCACUUUUCAAACAGACAACUACAACCAAAUAAUCAUAAGAAAAAAAAAAAAAAAAAAGAAAAUAAUAAUAAUCCCAAUUUUUACGGAUUGUCGAUUGCUGCUGGGCGUUUUCUACCCUCUACAACAAACUUGUUGAAAAAAACAAAAAACAGUCAGAAAUAAAAUUGAAAGCGCAGCCAAUGAAGGUGGAGAAAAAAACGGGAAUGAUGACGUUGAGCCAGCAAUUCGUGCGAACGGCGUAACCACCGCUACGCUUAGGCAAAACAUUUUAGAAAAAAAAAGCCGUCGAAGAAAAAAGAGAGAAACAUCCUUUUCUUUCUUUUAUUCUUAUAAUUUUCUUUUUUUUUUUUUUUUUCUUUUUUUUUUCUUGUAUGAUUUGAUCUAUUUCUCUGCCUCACUGUGCGGAUCUGUUUCGAUCCGUGCCGGCUAUUGUGAUUGGAUCGCUGAGUGGGUGUGUAUGCGAUCGUGUGCGCCCUAGUGCCAAAGUGUGUCAUUGUAUCUUUGUGUGUGUGUGUGUGUGUGUGCGUCUGUGUGUUUGGAACUGAGCAAUAGCAAUCUCGCAGAGGCUGUCGUGUUGUGUCGUGGAUGUGCGUCAGUGCCGUGUGUCUGUGCGGGACGGAAGGAAAGCGAAACAGUGGGACCGGAUGCGUGUGCAUCUAUCAGCACGGCAUCGUCGGUGGCUGCAAAGCGGGCCAGCAACCAGACCAACAACGAGCAGCUGGACCUGAUUAAACAAGAACGACCAAGUCAAGUCAAAAAGAGUUUCGAUUUGUUUCUUGUGUGUGUCACCGUCUAAACUGAAACGGAAAAAAAAAAAAAGAAAAGGCCAAGCCAUCAUCGCAUUUAUCGACUGUCUGGCGAACGUGAAACUCCGGUGAUGGUCACAUCCGUCCGUGCAGACCAGGGCGCUCGCACAACAACAACAACAACUCAAAGAAGAAAAAAAGAAUAAGUAAAUAAAAAAAUAAAUAAAUCAAGAAAAAAACAUUUGCAAAGGAUUUCGGCCACAUUUUGAAUCGAUCCAUCUGAAACUCAUCCACUUGAUUUGGCCGACACGGGUUGCGUAUGUGCGUCCAGGCCAAGGCCAGCCCGCAUUCGGUCUAAUCAAAAUUGCGCCUCACAGUGGUGAUUCUAGCGUGGCAAGCGGUGCCAAUAUGGCGUCGGUGGCCGCCUGGUUGCCCUUCGCCCGCGCGGCAGCCAUCGGUUGGGUGCCCAUCGCCAACAACCCUCUACCUCCGCCACCCAUCGCCAAAGAGCGGCGGAGGCCCGACGAUGAGAAGCUCAUCAUCAACGUGUCCGGACGUCGGUUCGAGACGUGGCGGAACACGCUGGAGAAAUACCCGGACACGUUACUGGGCUCGAACGAGCGGGAAUUCUUCUACGACGAAGAGACGAAAGAGUACUUUUUCGACCGCGAUCCGGACAUCUUCCGCCACAUCCUCAACUACUACCGGACGGGGAAACUGCACUACCCAAAGCACGAGUGCCUGACCAGCUACGACGAAGAGUUGGCCUUUUUCGGCAUCGUGCCGGACGUCAUCGGCGACUGUUGCUACGAGGAUUACCGCGACAGGAAGCGGGAAAACGCCGAGCGGAUCCUGGACGACAAGCUGAGCGAGAACAACGAGCAAAACUCACAGGCGGCGGCCGAUUUGCGCAACACGCGGGAAAAGAUGUGGCGAGCCUUCGAGAACCCGCACACGUCCACGGCGGCCCUCGUCUUCUAUUACGUCACCGGUUUCUUCAUCGCCGUCAGCGUCAUGGCCAACGUCGUCGAGACUGUGCCCUGCAGUCUCGGCAUGGCCAUGCCCGUCGCCGCCGACGGACGACUCCUGGCCAAGAGCAGCGAAUCCAUUCCAUGCGGAGAGAGAUACAAAGUCAUCUUCUUCUGCCUAGACACGGCUUGCGUCAUGAUCUUCACUGCUGAAUACUUGCUCAGAUUAUUCGCCGCGCCGGACCGAUGCAAGUUUAUGCGAUCGGUCAUGUCCAUCAUCGACGUCGUGGCCAUUCUGCCCUACUAUAUCGGUCUGGGCAUCACUACCGAAAACGACGACGUCUCAGGAGCGUUUGUGACGUUGCGAGUCUUCCGCGUCUUCCGCAUCUUCAAGUUCUCGCGUCACUCGCAAGGUUUGCGCAUUUUGGGCUACACGCUCAAGAGCUGCGCCUCAGAGUUGGGUUUCCUCGUCUUCUCGCUGGCCAUGGCCAUCAUCAUCUUCGCUACCGUCAUGUUCUACGCGGAAAAGAACGUCGACGGAACCAAUUUCACCUCCAUUCCGGCCGCUUUCUGGUACACCAUCGUCACCAUGACAACUCUCGGGUACGGCGAUAUGGUUCCCAAGACGAUAGCCGGCAAAGUGGUGGGCGGCGUUUGUUCACUCAGCGGAGUGCUGGUCAUCGCCCUGCCAGUUCCCGUCAUCGUUUCCAACUUUAGCCGCAUUUACCAUCAAAAUCAGCGGGCCGACAAGCGCAAGGCUCAAAAGGCAACGCGAUUGGCUCGCAUCCGGAUGGCCAAAGCCACUUCAGGCGCCGCGUUCCUGUCGAAGAAACGGGCCGUCGAGUCGCGUCUCCUCGCUCAAGAGUCCGGAUUGGGCAUGGACGGUGAGAACGGCGCCGGCGGUGGCGACGAUCAACACUGGCUCCGAGAAGAAGACAUUUUCGAAUUGCAGCACCAUCACCUGCUCCGCUGCCUAGAGAAGGCCACGGAUCGUGAAUUCGUCGAGUUGGAGAAUCCAUUCAACGGUCAGCCGCAAUCGAUGCAGAGAUCGACCGGUUCGCGAUCCACGUCGCCUACCCUGGCCGGCCAAGGAUCUUUGGUGUCGCCUGCGAGCAACGUGCGAGGCAAGCCACAAGCGGGAGGACGGUCGUCGGCCUCUUCGCCACUGUCGCCCGAAAGGCUAACGCGACAACAACAAACACAACAACAUUCGGCCAUGUGCUCUUGCUGUUUGUGCUGGACUUGCCUACCGCUACACCAACGUCCGUCCAGCACCUCUGCCGUUGCAUCGGCAGCCCCUCCCACCGCCGGCCAAGUGAACGUCGUCAGUUCCAGCAGCGGAGCUGCCCAACUGCCGAUGGACGACAUGCCGGCAGCGCCAGUUGCGAUGGACGGGCCCCUAACUCAAUCGUUUGGGCCGGCGAGCAGUGGCAGUAGCAGUAGCAGCAGCAGCGCUAAUGUCGCCAUUAGACGGAGGCACAAUGAAACUUCGUCAUCGUCCUCGUCUUCGCCUCAUCAAGGCGUCGGUCAGGUGCAGAUGCUGCAACAGUCGACCAGCGGCCCAACCGAAGGGCCGCUUGAAUUCCAAAUCAGCGGCGGAGGCCAGCAUCAAACCCAACCGGCGGAGACUCGACAAACGAUUCUCCACAUCUCCGCUCUGUGAAAAAAACAAAAAACAAAAAACAAAUUCAUUAAAAACAAAUUCGAUUUUUUAAAACCAACACAAACCAAAAAUAAAAAAAUUUAAGAAAAUGUGUCAAAAAAAAAAAAAAAAAUGAAAUUUGAUUGUCAUUUGUAGCGAAAAUGAUCCCAUUAUGUGCCCUGUUUCUUAUACAGUAUAAAAAAAGAGUUUUCUCCUUAAACCAUUUCCUUUUUUUUUUUGUAAACCUCCUCACCCGAUGUUUAUCGACGAUCAAUUCCCCCCCCCCCCCCCCCCCAUAUAUAUAUAUAUAUAUAUAUACAUAUAAUAUAAACCUGUAAUUAUCGGCCAACACACAAAGGAAAAUGUUGGCGCAUAUAUUACUGGUACACGUCCCUCUCAAUGGCAUCCAUUUUUGCGCCCCAUGAUGUUCUUGUUCUAGUUUCCUUUUUUCAAAAAUACCAUCAUGAAUGAAUGUUGCACUGCGCACCCAACACUUUUCCCGUUCAGAAACAAAACAGGGAAAAAAAAACAAAAAAAAAAAAACAUUUUGUUGAACACAAUUGGGGUUGAUGAGUUGCCCUCUGCAUUUUUCAACACGUCAUUUAAGAGCGACGAGGAUUGGAUGGAGAGACCGAGAUUUGCGUGUCUGGCAAAAAUGUGGCAAAACGACACGCGUCCCUCGUUUUUUUUUUUCGGGUGUCGUUCGUUUACUUUCAGCUCCGCCUCUAGGCAGAACAAGAUAUUCGGUCACGUCCCUUUGAAGCUAUUUGUUCUUUUUUUUUUAUCAGACGAGUUCGUAGAGACUUCCGUUGGCGCUUCCAUGCCGGUUAGAAGAAAUUGAACGAGAAACUGGCAACAUGAAAAGAUGUUCCAGUUUUUUUGUUUCAAAUGUCACUCAUUGUAAAGAAAGAUUUCCUUUUUUUUUUUUUGUUUUUGCCUCCCCUUGUGUUCAAAUCAGGACAUUGUAAGACGGUUUUGUUUCAGCCGCCGCUGCCACAGUCACACGCACACGUCCCAAACAGAAAUUCUCUCUGAGUGAAAAUUCAAUUUCACGUUGGCCGUUCUUAUCCGCAAAAAAAAACAAAAAAUAAAGAGAGAGAAAAAUUCUAUGUAUAUAUAUAUAUACAUAUAACGAGGAUAGAGAAGAAUAGAUUGGCAUCAGACACGCGCAAUCCAUUUACUUCAUUUACUUACUUAGUAAGUUAUUUAUUUUUUGGCACUUGAUCCUUCCAUGGCGUGCUAAGUUCCAAUCCUCUUCCCUCCCCUUAAUAAACGAAAAACAAAACUUUCUAGCAACCCCAGAAAAAAAAAAUAUAUACAUAUAAUAAUAAUAAUAAAUGUGCACAAAACAGAAGAGUCGUAAAGGUCAAAACUAAAACCGGCAAGCGAACAGCAACAAUAAAAAUGCGAAACACGCAGUUUCUUUCUUUUUCUCUUUUCCCGUAGAAACAAAAGGGAAAGAUGAACGACAUAUCUGCACGCGUUCACAUCGACUUUGAGCAAAUAGAAACUACUCAUUUUCGCGUCGCAUUUUAAAUGUUCGGCAAAAGAAAACAACAAAAAAACAAACACAGAACCUCCGCGCCAACGUAAAAAAAAAAAAAAAAAAAAUUAACAUUUAAACGUUUGUUAAAAGGGAUUCCAAAAUAGCGCAAACACGUUCCUCAGCAUACCCAAUAAGUUUUGGGGAGGUUGUUUCAAAACGUCAACUGUGUCAUUUGUUUUGUUUUCGUAUGGAUAGCGAACCAGAGAGAAUUUUUUAGAGUCAUUGCUUUCGUGCCAAAUCAUCUCGGAGAAAACAAAACAAAAAAAAAAUGGACACACGUUCAUUACACGCCAUUCAGAAUCAAAAGAUGCGAUUUUUUUUGUUUGUUUGUUUUAGGACUAAGGUCGUGCAACGCCCAAAAACAAACGCAAGAAUGGAGGCACUGAUCCCCCCCCUCUCGUAAAUUCAUCGUCCGUGUAUAUAACAACCCAUAGCGUGUACGCACACAUAAUUCUAUAUUUAUAUCGAUACAAUCUAUCAGAUUGAAGUGGGCGUCGUUCAAUAGUCGUCACAUGUUCUCUCCUUUUCUUUUCUUACCCUUUGCUCCCCUCAACAUUUUUUUUUUUUUUUGCGGGAAUUGUUGUUGUUUUGCUCCCUUAUCUCGUGUAUCUCUCUCUCUCUCUCUCUCUCUCUCUCUCUCUCUCUUUCUCUUUCUUUUUGUCGUCCAUCGUGAUUAUUAUGUUGUGACCGAAUUCGAGUUCUACUUUGUAUGUAACAUAAUAGAACAAUAGACUCUUCGCGAGACCCAAUAUCCCCCUCACCCUCCAGGACGAUAAAUGCCUGCCCAAUCUAUCCAUCUAUUCUUCCCUCGAUUCACUUCCCACUGUUUUGUUUUAGCUUGAUCUUCUUGCUACGCGUGCGAAAACAAAGUGUAAAGUCAAAUUUCUUUUUAUCGUUAGUUGACACGGUAGCGAAAAUGUUUCGCUGAAUUUGAUUUCUGCCCUUCCACAAUCCACCCAAUCCCUUUGAAAAAAACAAAACAAAACAAAAACAAAACCUAAUAUACCAAAAUCGCAUUGAUUGUUACGUGUGACAUUAUCAAUUUGAUGAGGAGACAUGGGAACGAUAUUUGUAAGCUCCAUAUUUGAUACGCUUGCAAUAUCCGAUUGUUUUGAUUGAUCGAUUGUUUGAAUGUUUGGUUUUAAAGACAUUUUCUUUAUCUCAUGUUGGAAAGAUUGAAAAGAAAGACAAAAAAAGAAAAAACGGAACGCGAUGAAUUGUUUCUCCAUAAUUAAAUUUCGCCAUUCCCUAAUUAGUCCUAACCCUUUUUUUCUACCCUGAUCUCUCAUUUUUACUUCUGUGCUCUUUUCUUCUCUCUUGUCCCUUGUCUCUCUUUUGUAUAAUGUACAUCAUCAAAGGGUAUUUUCCAUCGCUUUCAAAAAAACGAUUUGAUUAAAGUAAGAAAAGAAAAGAAAAAAAAAAGGGACGAUGAAAAAACCAAAAAUCAAUUUGAUAAUCAACCGCAAACGGUAUAGAACACGAUAUUAUCUCUUACAUAACCAAAAACAAAAUGAUAUUUGCUAGAAAUUGAACCAUUUUGUCUCUUCCCACUCAUUGUCGAUCCUCAA